AUGUAUCAACACUUCCGUACAUUCCAAGGAAGGAAAUUGACGGAUCAAGAAAGGGCCAGGGUCCUUGAGUUUCAGGACUCUAUACAUUACUCACCACGUUACGCUGAUGAUACGAAUGAAUACAGACACGUCAUGCUACCUAAAGCCAUGCUGAAAGUGAUUCCCUCCGAUUAUUUCAACUCUGAAGUAGGUACUUUGCGUAUCCUCACUGAGGAUGAAUGGAGAGGCCUAGGCAUUACUCAAUCGCUGGGUUGGGAACACUACGAAUGCCAUGCACCAGAACCACACAUUCUUUUAUUUAAAAGACCUUUGAAUUUUGAAGCUGAGAUGAGAGCAGCAGCAGCUGCCGCUCAACAGCAACAACAACAAUCUUAG